CCUCCACCUCCCAUUAUUUCCCCCAGUCACCAAAGAAGGCAUAUGUCAGUGUUGUGGCAAACCAUUAACUACAACAGGGGGAGUUGAUCUCAGGCCUUGGACUCUUGUUUGGCCUCCUCUGAGCAUUUCGGAGCUAGACUGCACAUGGCAGAUCAAAUGAAAAUUGCCUGACAUCCUGAGAUGAACCGGCUGAGGUGCAUAGUUCUAUUGCUUCUGUGGACAGGCUGUACUUCCCCAAAUGUGUGUGAAAAACCACCUGAAGUUGACUUUGGGGAGACGGUAAGGGGUGAGAGAACUAAAUUUCGGGAAUUUGAGAAUGCAAGAGUACAGUACACAUGUAGCCCGGGAUACGUAUUGGAGGGGCCCAAGUGGACAACGUGCGAUGGACAAAAGUGGACAACACCACCAAAAUGUUUGGCACCCUGUAGUAUCACAAAAGAGCAGCUGGAUGCCAAACACCUGCUUCUGUUUGGUGGCCGAAGGCGUUCCCAUGUGAUUCAACACAACGGGACAUUGGAAUUCCUGUGCAGGGAACGAUAUAUCCUCCAUGCUCCUUCAGUGAUGAAGUGUAACGACGGACACAUGGAUCUCCCAUCAUGCAUCUCAGUUUGUGGAGAACCACCUGAAGUGGACUUUGCAGAGACUGUAAGAAGUGUGAGAACCCAGUUUCAGGAAUUUGAGAGCAUAAGGGCAUUUUACAAGUGCAACCCUGGUUAUGUGAUGGAAGGAUCUGGAUGGAUGAUAUGCAAUGGACAAAACUGGACAGAACCACUGAAGUGUCUGGCACCCUGCAGGAUCACAAAAAAACAGCUGGAUUCCAAGCAACUGCUUCUGUCUGGAGGUCGGAGACAUUCACAUUUGGUUCAACACAAUCGUACAUUGGAAUUUCUGUGCAGGAAAGGGUAUAUCAUCUCAGCUCCUUUAAUCAGGAAGUGUCUCGAUGGGCACAUGGAUCUUCCAUCAUGUAUCUCAGGAUAAUGAUGAGCUCUUGACUCUCAGUGAUCCCUCCUGAAUUAUCUAAAAUACUUUAGGAGUUUGCUUGCUGUCUCACUCUGAUAUAUGAAGACGACUUCUUCCAAAUCCUCAUCAAGGCUCUACCCUUCUUAAAAGCGAUUCCCCGAUUCACAGACUAGCUCAGAUAGCCAGGUGGGGGCACUUGCCAAGGGCACAUGACCUCACAGGUGCCAGAGUCAGACCAAUGUUGCCUCCUGUCUAUGCAAUGCAUGGUGUUCCUUCCAGGUCUCUUAACUGCUCUACGAUGCCCCUGACUCCCCAUGGGAGCUGGAUCAGUCCCACUGAAUUGGUGCUUCAUGUCAGAAACUGCUCCUUUUCGUUGGGGAUAAUUCAGACUGAAAUUCCCAGGUGUCA